UUUAUUGUUGUGUGCUGGAAUUUUUCAAUAUUCUUGUAAACUAUCGGUAUUUUAGGGAGUGUUUUUGACAUUUCAGCAGACUAGCGGGUUUUGUGGUUUUCGUGGUAUUUGUGAUGGUUUUGUGCGGAUGAUUAUUGCUUCUGAGUGAUUAAUAUAAGAUGUCCAACUAACAGAGUAAAUGUGUUAUACUGUUAGUAAACAGCGGAAUGCUGGGGAAUAGUGUAUAUAAAUUGUCAAAAAUAUUGUACAUGGGAUGAAUGAAGAGGAUCUUCUCAAGAGAUCUGCCGAAGAGCGAGAGAAAAUAUUUAGGCGAUAUGAACAAGGACGAGAAGGCACAGAAAUUGAUCCUUGGGAAGACCCGGGCUUUGAAGUGUACCACACCACAGACCGAUAUGGUUUCAUACAUGACAAAAGGUUACCAUCUAAAGUGGACCCACAGGAAGCAAAAAAAUUGCAAAUUGAGGUCGAGCGCCAAAAGAAAUGGCUCAAAAUGUUAAAAAAUUGGGAGAGCCCUUCUGUAAAAGAAAAACUGCAUUCUAGAGUGUAUAAAGGCAUUCCAAAUUCACUGAGGAGCGACGCUUGGAUCAAAUUGCUUCAUGUGGAACAAGUUAAAAAGAGCAAUGUGAAUAAAUAUAAGGAAAUGAUGGAUUCGGCCAGGUUAUAUUCUACUGACGCCAGACAAAUCGAUUCAGAUGUAAAUAGACAAUUCAGGGAACAUUUGCAUUAUAGAGAGAGAUACAGUAUCAAACAACAGUCUCUAUUUAAUGUACUAACUGCUUAUGCUAUGUAUAAUUCUGAAGUGGGCUAUUGUCAAGGCAUGUCUGGUUUGGCUGGUGUGUUGCUGAUGUAUAUGGAUGAGGAAGAUGCCUUUUGGGCAAUGCACAUUUUGCUUACUGAUCCUAAAUAUGCAAUGCAUGGAUUAUACAAGGAAGGUUUUCCAAAAUUAACCAGAUUUUUGGCUCAUCAUGAUAAGAUAUUAACAAAAUUACUUCCAAAAGUAAAAAAACAUUUUGACAAACAUGGUUUGGAUGCCAUAUUAUAUUCACUAAAGUGGUUUUUUGUUUGCUUCAUUGAAAGGGUGCCUUUUAAUUUAUGUUUGAGAAUUUGGGAUAUUUAUUUACUUGAUGGGGAAGAAGUUAUAUCAGCAAUGGCCUAUACAAUACUCAAAUUGCACAAACGAAAUUUAUUACGAUUGAAUGAUAUGGACUCAAUUGUAAAUUACAUUCAGGUUCAACUAUACAAAGAUUUCCACUACGACGAAGAUACUGUAAUUAGGCACCUGGAACACUCAAUGGAAGAACUAAAAAAGCACAAGUUGAAUAAAGCUGGUGAACCUGGAAAAGAUGAACUGCCAUCAAGGCCCUUUGGUAUAUUGAAAGAGCCCACAUUUGAACAAAUUGUGGGGUUCAGGGCGGAGAAAUUCUCCGAUAAAGAAAAGGAAACUAAUCAGAUAAUAGCACUCACCAGCGAGGCGGCCAGAGAAUCGGCGGAAAAAGAUAAAGAGUGUCAAUUGUCAGUGGCCGAUUCCGUUGGAUUUACAGGAUCCAAAUUUUCUUUCGACCCGAGCUUGGACGACGCAAGUUCCUUGUUGGAUUGCGAACACACUGGAUCACGCCGUUCGUUGGCCGACACCAGUGUAACGUCUACGGCCGAUCUUUCGGUAUUUUCAACAAUAACCAGAUCGCAAGCCCACGAAAACAGUCUAGAUACUCACAGUAACAUGUCGGACAAUUCGGUCGGCGGUGCUAGUUCGGUAGGAUCCGGCAUCGGUGCUUCUAGUGUGCACCGUGCCCUCAGUACUCAUUCCACUCCGAGGGCCACCCCUCACAAUGUCAGCCCCGACGUUUUGCGAAUCUACGUUCCCUAUACUCCUUUGGAUACACCAAUAGCUAGUCCUCAUAAUGGUGAUGUACAGAAGUCUAUUCCUUGCUCAUUUCCUGAUUCGAAUAAAAUUCGUAUCAAGAUAGACAAUGACGAAUUGCCCACGCCACUCGUAGAACACGGUCAAAUAAAAACUUUUAGAAUUGAUGAAUUUGAUUUGAAGUAAUUAAUUAUAUUAGAUGUUUGUUUUACUCCCUAUUUCUAUGAACAAGAAUUCUCGUUAAUUACGAAUAAUGGGCUAGGUGAUCAAAAGCCCUUCUUGUACACAAGAAGGGGCCAAGUUUUGCUGGAAUGGAAUUGUAUUUACUAUAUACUAAUUAAGACGGAGGUAAAUAAGUAUUUUAUUUGAAAUAACAGGUAUUAAAAUAUUAUUUUCCAAACAGCAUUAGUAUUAUUAUUAUUAGUCAGAGAUGCUGUAUGUAGCUCAUUUUUAAAUUCUUGUUAGAAACAAAAAGUACAAAUUUUGAACAAUCGUCAUUAGUUGUAAUGUUAACGUGUCGUAGACAUUCUUGUUCUUAGAAAUUAAUGUUAGCAAUAAGAUACAUACCAAUCGAAAACCAUUUUGAUCCGACUUAAUUUUGAGAGAGACAUCUUACACGACAGAGACAGUAAAAGUCCCCACUUUGCUCCGUGGUGGAGGACUUUUACUAUCUCUGUUACAUAAGAAGUCUCUCUCAAAAUUAAGCAGGAUUAAAGACUUUCCAAUCGGUAUAUCUAUCAAUUUUUAUUAUAGAGUAUCACUGUGAUUUUCCACAUUUAUAUUUAUUUUUGUAUAAAGGAUGUUUUCAUCUAAAACAUAUUUUUUAAAGUCCAUACUGGAACUGUACAUAUACUUUUGUUGCUUACAUUCUUACAUUUUUUAUAAUUUAAAGUAGAAUUCAAAUUACUGGCUUAAAUUAAGUAUUAUGACGUAGAAGUAUAAAUUACUCUGAUGCUUGAAAUCUACAAAGAUUGAAAAUUUGUGCAUAUACAGGGUGUUAUAAUUUCUUGAAGUUGUAAAUAAUAUAGUAUAAUAAUUAUAAUUACAGAUUUAUUAACAAUUAUCAAAUUUAUGGACUCAGUUAAUUAAAUAUUUAUUUUUAAGUCACUAACUUACUCAAUAAUAUUGAUAUGAUGAUUUUAUAUCUGUGGUUAAGAAAUGAACCAUUAAUACAAAUUAUAAUAAAAAAUUAAGUCCUUUAAAGUAUUUUAGUGGUGUUUGAAAGUAAUAAAAUCUAUAGCAAUUUGUACUGUUCCAAAUAUUUUUUAUCUUUGAAGAAAUUCGAUAAUAUAAAGUCUAAGCGUUAUAGAAUCUCUGUAUGUUGCCUAAGAAGUAUUGAGCAUUCUUUAAGCCUUAAUACUAUUGAUAUACAUUUUUUUCGUGCUUGACGAAUUAAUAUUAUUUUAUUUAUAGGUGUAUAUUUAUUAUUGAUAUGUUUAUAAAAAAUUUACAAUAAGAAAUUCCAUCCUAGAAAUUUAUCUUGCCGGUAUUCUAAUAAAAUGUAUUCCUUAUCUGCAUUUAUAAAUGUACUAUUAGGGAUUUAUUAUUAUAUACGUUAUUUUGUUCAUUGACUUGUUAAAAUCUAUAUUUUUGGGAAAUUGUAUUGACUAAGCAAAUGUAGGAAAACUGUGUCAUCUUCAUAAGGGUGGCAGUUUUUCUUUAUAGCUUUUUGGGAAAAGUAAAUUAUUCUUCAAAUAAUUAGUGCCAUAAAUCAAACAUGUAUUUCUAUAAAUCUGUGUCUUUUUAUUUUUUUACUGAAAAUUGUAAUGUUUCUUAUCAGUUACCAGGGACGAAUUAAUACUAAAAUAGAUUGACACAAGAAUUAUUUAAAUUACUGGAUUCUAGAACUAAAUUAAACAUUUAGAGACAUUAAUAAUUAAUGUCGCAAACGUCUAGGAACCAAUUGUAUUUAUAAUAAAUCGAAAACAUUCACUAGUUUUAGUUUAAAUAAUCAAUCUGCGAUUCUGGCAUUUUCAUUAAGUACAUUUCAGUUAACCUGUCUGAAAAAUAGGUCAAUAAUAGAUUGAGACUGUAAUUAAAGUUAACAGUGAGUAUUUAUUUAGUGUUUUUACAUAUACUUUUUAUAUAUAUCUUUGGUCGUUUAAAAAGCACAGGUUUCGUGGAUGGCGUCAGCUUGAAAGCAGUUUAGAAGUGAUACAUGCAAUAAAAUGUAUUCUACACUCUAAUUGUAUAUUGUUAACCAGUCAUAGAAUGACGUCUAAAUUUCUUAAUAAAAUUAUUACAAAAUU